GUGAAAUUUUUUGCUUUCUAGGAUCCUACCCAUGCCUGGAGUGGGGGUUUAGAUCACCAAUUGAAAAUGCAUGAUCUGAACACGGACCAAGAAAACCUUGUUGGAGCCCAUGAUGCUGCUAUCAGGUGUGUUGAGUAUUGCCCAGAAGUGAAUGUCAUGGUGACUGGAAGCUGGGAUCAGACAGUUAAACUGUGGGAUCCCAGAACUCCUUGUAAUGCAGGAACCUUCUCUCAACCUGAAAAGGUGUACACACUUUCUGUGUCUGGAGACAGGCUGAUAGUGGGGACAGCAGGUCGGCGAGUGCUGGUGUGGGAUUUGCGGAACAUGGGCUACGUUCAGCAGCGAAGGGAAUCGAGCCUCAAAUACCAGACCCGCUGCAUCAGAGCCUUUCCAAAUAAACAGGGUUAUGUUUUAAGUUCUAUUGAAGGUCGUGUUGCUGUGGAAUAUUUGGAUCCAAGUCCAGAAAUCCAGAAGAAGAAAUAUGCAUUCAAAUGUCACCGUUUGAAGGAGAACAACAUUGAGCAGAUUUACCCAGUUAAUGCCAUUUCUUUCCAUAAUGUCCACAACACAUUUGCUACAGGAGGUUCUGAUGGAUUUGUAAAUAUCUGGGAUCCCUUUAAUAAGAAGAGGCUGUGCCAGUUCCACCGGUAUCCCACAAGCAUUGCAUCACUUGCCUUCAGCAAUGAUGGAACUACCCUUGCAAUAGCCUCCUCAUACAUGUAUGAAAUGGAUGACAUUGAGCAUCCUGAAGAUGGUAUCUAUAUUCGCCAAGUGACAGAUGCAGAAACAAAACCUAAGUGA